UCCUCACUUGCACAGGUAGGCAGGAGGAACCUGCAGCUCCUCUUAUCUCCUCCUCGUUCUCUCGCUGACUGUGUAUCAGUGUGUGAGUGUGUGUAAGGGCAUCAUGUCGUUCGGUAUGAACUCGUUCUCCAGCCUGAGCGUCUCCGGCUCCCGAGGGUCCAGCUCCUCCAUGGACAGCAAGGAGAACCUGAGGGGUCUGAACACACGGCUGGCUGAUUACCUGGCGCAGGUGAGAGCUCUGCAGGAGGCCAACAGCAAGCUGGAGGCUCAGAUCAGAGAGAGAGUGAGCAGCAGGACCACAGGAGAGAGAGACUGGACCCAGUACGACAAGACCAUCACACUGCUGAGGGAACAGCUAAAAGAGCUGAUCCUGGAUAACGGCCACCUCAUGCUACAGAUUGAUAACGCCAGACUGGCUGCUGACGACUUUAAAGUCAAGUAUGAGGCAGAGCAUGGUGUGCGGCAGGGCGUGGACCAGGACGUUGCAAAUCUCCGUAAGAUAAUAGACGAGACUCACCUGAGCCGCAUGCAGCUGGAGAGCGAGAUCGAAUCUCUGAAAGAGGAGCUGAUCCACCUCAACAAAAAUCACCAGGAGGACGUGGCUAAUCUGCAAGGACAGAUCCGAGGCUCCAGUGUUGAUGUUCAGAUGGAACCGAAGAAAGGCGACAACCUCGGCGAAAUUAUCGACAGAAUUCGCCAACAAUACGAAAAGGCAGCGCAUAAGAGCCGCGAGGAAACCGAGGCCUGGUACCAAACCAAGUUUGACACCGUAGCGUCGGAGGUGAGUAAAAGCACAGAGACGCUGCAGCAGGGGAAGAGUGAGCUGAAUGAUCUGCGCAGACAGAAGCAGGUGCUGGAGAUCGACCUGCAGUCUCUACGGACCAUGAAUCACUCACUGGAAGACAACCUGAGGGACACGGCGGCUCGUUACGCUCAGGAGAUGAACCACCACAAUGGCACGGUGCAGCAGCUGGAGGCGGAGCUUGGGGAGAUCCACGGCCAGGUGGCGCGGCAGGGGGCGGAGUAUCAGGCCCUGCUCAACAUCAAAACCAAACUGGAGGAGGAGAUCGGGGCCUACCAUCGCCUCCUGGAGGGAACCGGGGUGCAGGACGACGGAUUUAGAGACACCGGAGAUCGUAGAGGUGGAGACGUGAGGGGCACUGGCACACGCGAAGACACUAGUGUCAGGGGCAGUGGCACACGUGACAAAAUCACUAUCAAAAUACAAGACCCUGGUGCAUGGGAUGAUUCCAAUCAAUCCAACAUCAAAGGCCCUGGUAAACGUGAUGACACCAGUGUCAAUGGCCCCGGGACACGUGAUGGUGAAAAGAUCCAGGGUCCUGUCACGCACGAUGAUGAUGGUGAUCUCAAGGACAGUGACCUUGGACCUGAAGACACCAACGACAAAAUCGGGAACACCGGCGUACCUGAGGAUGACCUUGUGGAGUUCUCUCUGGAGCAGGCUCUGAACGCUGCGCCCCCUGUCCCUCCUGCACCUCCCCUCCCAACUCCAUCCCAAACACUGGAGAGCAGUGAGGAGGUGAGGGAGGCGGUGGUGGUGGAGGAGUCUCACAGCGAGCCGAAGCUAAACACUGCUAACGGAGGAGCAGAGGAGGAGGAGAAGAAAGAGGAGGAGGAGGAGAAGCGAGGGAGAGAUGGAGGAGAGGAAGAAGCUGCAGUCCUGGAGGAGAACAAGGAAUCUCUUGUAAAGAGUGCAGCAGUGGAGGAGGUGCUGGAGGAAGAGGAGCGAGGAAGAGAUGUAAUAAUAGAGGAGGAAGCUGCAGUCCAGGAGGAGGAGAAGAUAUUGAGCAAGAAUGAAGAAGAAGAGGUGGAGGAGAUAAAGGAGGAGAAACAAGCAGAGGAAGAACCUGAAGCAGAAGUGGAGGUGAAGCAGGAAGAAGUGGAAGCAGAAGUGGUGGAGGUGAAGCCGUCACAGAACGAGGAACAGCAGAUGGAGUGAACUUCCACUGACCAAUCCAAACUACUGCCUUUCAAACCAGUUCUUCAAUAACUAACCCUAUUAAAUUCAACUCUGUUACCAUUUGUCUCACAAUUAAAGCAGGGGUGUCCAAACUACGGCCUGCGGGCCACUUGCGGCUCGUUUCCUUUUUUGGAGCGGCCCACGAGGUAUUUUAGAAAUAGACAUACCUGUCAAGUCUCCCGUUUUGGCCGGGAAACUACCGUAUUUUACUCCUCUUUCCCGCCGUCCUCCCGUAUUAGUAUUUUCCCGUAAAUUUCCCGUAUUUUAUUAAAAUAAAAAAAUAUAUAUUAUUGAGGAGACAGGGCACUGACCGCGCUGUGUCUCUUAACCAAUCGUGGAGCCGGUUCAAGGAGAAAGUCCCGCCUUUCAGGAGAAACAGCCAAUCAGCUUGCAAGGAGGGUCAGUGUGGGGAAGCCCCGCCCUCCUCGCUGUGAGUUCAGGCAGCUAGUCGGGGCUGCUGAUGUUAAAACAUACAUGCAGCGAUUUUUCUAAAAGAAAGGUAACGGUAGUCUAAUCAUGGAAACUGUGAUGAGAUUUUUCUGAUAGCUGCUUAAAAAUACUCCGAAAUAAAACACACAGAUUAAACCUUUUAAAAUAAAAAACAUUACAGCUUGUGACUCAGUUUAACUAGAAAUGUGGAGAGGACCGACAUUAACUGAACUGAUCAGGGGUGGAGUGAUCAAAAGGAAGAAGUAUUAAUUAAAAAUUAUUGUGUAGGCCACUUAGGACUAAUUUUUACUGAUGGAAUAUAUCUGGUCCAUGUCCUUUUAGUAAAAGCUCAUAAUACCAUUUUUAGGUCACCAACAGUCAUUUUGCAGAAUUUGUGCACUCUUUGUUCAAUUUUAAAUCCAUUAAAUAAAAAAAAUAUAUAUCAUAUAAAAGAGUGCAUUUAUUACAAAAAAGACAUGAAAUCUUAAAUAAAAAAAAAGAUAUAGAAAAGGGUAUUUAAUUUGGCUGUAUUAAAAGAAUGACAUAUGUAGGAAUGUCCACAACAUGUUCAGAUUCUGAUCAUCUAAUUGUAGUGUGUAAGUGGUUCACAUGUGGUUAUUUUAGAUUUUUUGUAAACCUGUUUUAAAAUGUAAGAGAUACUGAACCUUCGUUGGGCUGGUGGGACGGCUUUAAGCGGACAGAGGAAAAUAUCCCUUAUUUUUAAAUCUAAAACUUGACAGGUAUGGAAAUAGAAUGAAAGUUGGCCCGCUGUUAAGCAGGUUUUUAUAAUGUGAGAUUCAAAGUUUGAACGCUAGGUGUCAGAAACGGGCCAAAGAGUCUAAAAGCGGAGAGAGUGCGCAUUUCUAGCGCAGAGAAACGAGCCAAAGAGUCUAAAAGCGGAGAGGGUGCGCAUUUCUAGCUCAGAAAAACGGGCCAAAGAGUCUAAAAGUUGCCGUAAUUAAGGAGUUUAAUAUUAAGAGAUAUCAUGAAAUUAAACAUCAAUUUGAAAAAUCUUAGUUUACACAACACUGUCAAAGAUAAAGUUAGUAAGUCAAGUAAAAUGGUGUGUAAAUGAAAGUAAUCAGGAAAAUGUAUUAUUUAAAGUGGUAUAUUUCAUUAUUUGUUUUAUUACAGAGUCUGUGGCCCGUGACUUCAAAUGUAUUUCUCCUUCUGGCCCCCAACAAAAAAAGUUUGGACACCCCUGAAUUAAAGGAACAAAUAAUAGAUGGCCUACGCAAAGAUAGAGUCUGGUAAAGUUACCAUAUUUUACGCACUGUAAUGCGCACCAGAUUAUUAUAAGGCGCAUUAUGUGACACUAGUAAGAAACAGGGGUGUCGCCAUGUUUCCCUACUACUUUAGUAGCUGGGUGGCGAGACCUGUAAAGCUAAGUUAAAUAAAAAAACUGUAAUUCAUAUAAAAAACGAGUGCUGGAUAUUAAUCUACACAGAUUUUUCUCCUAAAAAUUUUGGGAGAGUAAAGCACUUCCGUUUAUUUACAGUAAGCUUAGAUUUCCAGAUUUCUCACCUCUGAAUGGUGAAAGAGCUAGCGCUUAGCAUGGUUAACAUCUAAUGCUAAUGCUGCUAAAGUCUCAGUGCUGAAAAACUGAAGAAUUUAUAUAUAAGGCGCUCUGACCAUUUUUGGGAAAAUGAAAGGAUUUUAAGUGCACCUUAUAAUGCGAAAAAUACGGUAGUAACACUGAUGGACGCUAUGCUGGUUAAAAAGCUCAAUCACCUUCCUUAUUAGCGUUAUUAGUCCUUAUUCGGUCACGCCCACUUUUAAGAGUUAGACCUCACAAUCACGCCCAUCCUGUCCACUUCACCAGAUCUUCAGAACUGAUCUGCUUCUCUGGGUUAGGAUGUUCUAGUGUUGGUUUCUACUUCACAGAAUGGUAAGAGCAGACAUUUGGAUGGAUGUUUUAGGGUGUUUUAACAUCAACACUAUUUGAGCCGAUAAAAACGAACUUUGGUUGGUUUGUAUUUUUAUACUAGCCAGAUAAUGCUAAUUACCACAGCUAUGAACAAAUGCCGUCUCUGUUGCUCCUUGCUGUUUACACCUGCAGUCUGUGCUGCGUUCACUGCUUUCAACCAGUAUGAUCAUAAUGAUGCUAGUCAUCCAAUCCAUAAAACUUAACUGAAAACAGCUGGACUUCCAACAGAGAGCAUGUUUCUGCCUGGAUGACCAGAGUUUCAACCACCUAGACCUGCAAAAACCAGCACAGCCCAUCCAAAACCAUUUACCUGAAUUUUACUCUUUAUACCAAAGAAGACACACUAAUAGAUAUGAAGCUAAAUACGUAUAACUAUGGCAUUAACUAUUCAUUUUUGUUACCUAAUACAAAGUCAACAUUGGAAAUACACACUUUCUCCCCCUCUGUUCCUCUUGUCUACACUGUGCAACAAUAAAACAAGUGCCAAAGGA